AUGGAGGCUUCACUGUGCCUGGAGAAGGGCCUGAACCAGACCAUCCUGAAGCUGAAUGCCCUGGGCUCCAGCCAAGGGGAUCCACACCUCUGUGGCUUCCUGGAGAGUCACUACCUGGGAGAGGAGGUGAAGCUGCUGAAGUGCCUGGGGGAACACCUGAUCACCUUAUUCCAUGUGCAGGCUGACCCACAGCUCAAACUGGGAGAAAACCUGUUCCAGAGGCUGAGCCUGAAGCAUGACUAG